UAUCAUUUCGGGUAAAACAUUUUGAUUUUCUUCCUUGUUAUGCCAGAGUCCGAUUGGAAAGUAAGUCAUGAUAUACACGGUCAAAACCCAUCUGACGAGAAUUUAUGGUUUUUGUAGGCCAUGACUCCCCAGACCCCUUAGAUAGGAAUUUGGGCAAGACAAAAAAUCGCAGCUUAGUCUUCACGAUCAACCCCACAUGCCAGGCCUUGUGGUAGGCACCUAACAUUCAUUCAGUAACUACAGUAACUCUGUCCAUUGUGUUCGGAGCAAGCUAAAAAGGCUGGAUUGCUGGGGAAAUGGAAAGAAGCCAGCACUAGGGGACUGGGUUCAAGUCUGGAAGGAAGGAGGGGUUGUUUAGCCCUAACUUUGCACUAAAGUAACCUUGGCUGAGUAAUUUAGCCAUCUAAGAAAACGAAGCGAUAGACACCCCAGAUGAUCUCUGAGCUCCCUUGAAGAUAUCUGUAUGAAAGAUUCUCUCCUUUCCAUGUCCCUUCCGUGCCACUAUUCCGAGCAUCAGCCUGAUCCUAGGAGUGGUGACGUCCUGCUCAGCCGGGGGCUGCUCCUCAGUUCCCAUAGAGGCAAGUCCGGGUCCUGACUUGGCCAAUGGCCCUGGAGGCCGCUGAGCUCCUCAGGCCCACAGCCCAGAGAAGUGGGCGAUAGGUCAUUCCAGGACAAGGGGGCGGAGGCUCCAAGAAACUACGACUCCCAGGAGGCCACUGGGUGCCAUCCGGCAGCUUGGGCCUGGUGCAUGCUGGGAGCUGUAAGCGGCCUCCCGCCGCGCUUCAUUGUUAAGACCGCUAGGCCAGGUACCCCGCGCGCAUGUCCAGUCACGUCCCAACUAAUUGGGCUUCUUUCCUUCCUGCAGGCCUCUUCUCUUUCCGGUCUUGCUGAGGCGCUCCUUUCCCCGCCCCGCCUCCGCCCUCUUUUCAGGGAAUUUCGAAGGGGCGUGGCCUCCGGCAAGCGCGUCCCCAGGGGUUUCCCCUCCUCCUUCACCACCCUCCCGGAAGUGGACCCGCCCUCGCGCCCACCAGCGGCCACCCCCCUGCGACAGGCCCCGCCCACAAGGCUCCGCCCCUCCGGCUCUCCGCCCCCUCCUCUGGUAGUGGCGCCGGCUUGCAUCCCGGUCGUGGCGGUUUUGGUGCCUGAAGCAGGGAGCGCGGAGUCGUUCCCGAGAGAGGAGGCCAGGCUAUGCUCGCCGGUUUCCGGCGUUCCGCUCCGGUCAGCCAGAGUCUCUGUCUCAACCUGUGUCCGUGCCCCAGCAGUCUCCUCAGCCGGGCCUCGCGGCGCGAUUGGCGGCGGCGCCCCAGGCGCGCCCCCUCCUCCGAUGGCGGCGGAGAUCCAGCCCAAGCCUCUGACCCGCAAGCCGAUCCUGCUGCAGCGGAUGGAGGGGUCCCAGGAGGUGGUGAAUAUGGCCGUGAUCGUGCCCAAAGAGGAGGGCGUCAUCAGCGUCUCGGAGGACAGGACAGUUCGUGUUUGGUUAAAGAGAGACAGUGGACAGUAUUGGCCAAGCAUAUACCAUGCAAUGCCUUCUCCAUGUUCAUGCAUGUCUUUUAACCCGGAAACAAGAAGACUGUCCAUAGGUCUAGACAAUGGUACAAUCUCAGAGUUCAUUUUACACAGUGAUUUUAACAAAUUUCCUCCAGUCUACAGCUCCCAGCCGCAUCAGAGCAGAGUGACGAUGAUCCUGUUUGUCCUGGAGCUGGAGUGGGUGCUGAGCACAGGACAGGACAAGCAAUUUGCCUGGCACUGCUCUGAGAGUGGGCAGCGCCUGGGAGGUUAUCGUACCAGUGCCGUGGCCUCAGGUCUGCAAUUUGAUGUUGAAACCCGGCAUGUGUUUAUUGGUGACCACUCAGGCCAAGUAACAAUCCUCAAACUGGAGCAAGAAAACUGCACCCUGGUCACAACAUUCAGAGGACACACAGGUGGGGUGACCGCUCUCUGUUGGGACCCAGUCCAGCGGGUGUUGUUCUCAGGCAGUUCAGAUCACUCUGUCAUCAUGUGGGACAUCGGUGGGAGAAAAGGAACAGCCAUCGAACUCCAAGGACACAACGACAAAGUCCAGGCCCUCUCCUAUGCGCAGCACACGCGACAGCUGAUCUCCUGUGGCGGUGAUGGUGGGAUUGUCGUCUGGAACAUGGACGUGGAGAGGCAGGAGACCCCUGAAUGGUUGGACAGUGAUUCCUGCCAAAAGUGUGAUCAGCCUUUCUUCUGGAACUUCAAGCAAAUGUGGGACAGUAAGAAAAUUGGUCUAAGACAGCACCACUGCCGCAAGUGUGGGAAGGCUGUCUGCGGCAAAUGCAGCUCCAAGCGCUCCUCCAUCCCCCUGAUGGGCUUCGAGUUUGAAGUGAGGGUCUGUGACAGCUGCCACGAGGCCAUCACAGAUGAAGAACGUGCACCCACAGCCACCUUCCAUGACAGUAAACAUAACAUUGUGCAUGUGCAUUUCGAUGCAACCAGAGGAUGGUUACUGACUUCUGGAACUGACAAGGUUAUUAAGUUGUGGGAUAUGACCCCAGUCGUGUCUUGAUGACUCUCCCAGGAAUCAGAAAGAUAGUAUUUACUAAAGAAAUGGUUGUUUUAAUCCAAAUCAUUACCAGAGUGGUAAAGCAGACACGUGAGAAGAAAGAAAGAAACUAAAGACCCUGGAUGAAUUUGCAGGUGACCCAUGCGCACAGUGGGGACCCGGCGAGUGAGAACUUGCAAGGGGACUCUUCCAACUUGUUCAUACAAUAUAAAAGAAGCUAUUUUUUUAACAAAUGGUUUAUACAGUCUGGCUGUGCUGCAUUGUUUUGAGUAUACCGAAAAAUCUGUGUGGGGUGUUUAAUUUUAUACUUUCCACACCCCAUUUUAUGUGUUGCUUUGUGUGUCAGAGAAAUAAGGGAAGUAUCCACUCAGAGUAUUUUGGUCAUUACAGUUUCUGUAUUUUCUUUACUUCAACAUGUGUCACGUGGCCAGCGGCUUUUUGUUCUCUUCCCUCUGCACCUACCCGCACCUCUCUGCCUUUCCUGAAGGGGAUGUAUUUACAUUAUUUAUUCCCAGUGUUUCUGCUUUCAUGUCCUCCUCAGUGGAGAGAUUUGGAAACUCAUCAUGUGGAUUCACCAGCCAGCUGCUGGAAUCGCCUGAAGAGCGAUUUGUUUGUAAUGUCUGCCUCAUUCACGUUCUUAUUGAGUAGAAAAGACUGUGUUUCUGCCUCAGUUGCCUCUGUCUUUCCCACAUUAAAAAAAAAAAAAAAAUGCUGUGAGAAAGCUGCUCCCAACCAUGGUUAUCACAGAAGUAGAUUAUUCUAACUCAGAGCUUCAACGAUUAGUGCCUGAUCAUUUAGAAUUCAGUUGGAGCCUCCCGAGCCUCUUGUUUUAGCUUUUUUGACACAGCUCUCCCUCACUCAUAACAAUGAAAACAAACGACACACACACACAAAAUCCUACAUCAGUGGUCCUCAACCUUGUUGGCAGCAGGGACCGGUUUCAAAAUGAAACUGUUCCACCUCAGAUCAGCAGGCACUAGCCUCUCACAAGGAACAUGCAACCUAGAUCCCUCGCAUGCGCCGUUCACAAUAGGGUUCGUGCUCCUAUGAGAAUCUAACGCCACCGCUGAUCUGAUGGGAGGCGGAGCCCAGGCAGUAGUGCUUGCUUGCCCGCUGCUCACUUCUGAUGGGUGCCUCCCAUUCUUCACAGGCCGUGGAUGGGUACCCACCUGCAGCCCGGGGUUGGGGAGCCCCACCAUACAUGCUCUGAAAAUAAGUGUCUUUAAAUCGUGUGUUUCUGUGUGACAUCAUCUCUGAACUUGAACAUGUUCAUUACAGCAGGAUUGUAAUCCUGCUGUAUUCCUCACCCUCUGUAUUCUAUCCCUUUAAAAACUAGAUAUUUAAACAUUUUAUCUUAAUGUGUUUCAUCAGAACACUUUGUACUAAAACGGUAUGUGGUUGAUCCGAGACAGAAUGGUACCUACAGUGCAGGCUGUGUUCCUAUGGGAAUGGAAAAGAGGACUUUAGAAAGCGAACCUGAAGAACUCUUAUUUCUAAGGGAAUCCAAUCAAGCUUGAGAAAAUGAAAUAUUCUUGUGUGUAGUGACUCAACUCAGGAUACUGAAGUCCCUUUUAAACAUCUUAUUUUCCCCUGUAAAAAUAGAAUAAAAAUUAAUGGCAAGCCUGCACCAGGUGCCUACCCCUCCUAAGCACUUUACACGCACAGUUCAUUCAACCUCACAUGUCGGGAGCAUCAGGGAGCUCACCAGUCUCUUGAGGAUCACAGGCCAAUUGCUUGUCCUUCCUGACCCAAACCCCACCCCACAGUGUCUUGCUCUCUUCUGAUUCUACAGGUUUUUUUGGUGGUGAUACAUACGGGAGUGAAAUCGAAAUCCUCCCUAUUAUUUUCCCUCUUUUCCUGGAAAGCCGUUUUUUGCCCUCACAAUCAUUCCUUACUUCUCUAACUAGGGGGAAGUACUACAAGCCAUCCUCGGGCACUGCCCCUUUGUGUGCUUCCCGGGGGUGGGGCCUUGCUAGAGGUGAUUCUGCUGCCCUAGCAUUGGGAAGCAGGACCAGUGCAUGUGUCCCAUGCAGCCAUGGUACAUGGAAGCUGUCACCUGAGCCAUCAGACCAGCGCAGCCCAUGUGACCAGAGCUCUGAAGAGGCACACGCAUGCCCUGCACAGGCUAUUAGCACUUGUCGCUUCGCUGCCCUGCUCCACACUACCCUUGCUUGCAUCAGUCAAAACUGUUAUAACUACUUGGACUCUUUUCUGCAUGAUUACUCUGUGAGAGAGCUUUAACAAGGGAAUUAAAUUUAAAAUACUCAAAUA